AUGGCGGCCAGUGGGGCCGCUUCCAUGAGUCCUACCAGCCCUGUCAGCUCUCGUCACGGCCAUGCGCAUGGAAACAGCAAUGGUAUUAAACGCAAGAGAAGUAGUGUGGCUGGCAUUGACAGCAGUCCUGGCAGUGGCCUCGACGAUCAUGAUGCUGAACAAGAGAAGAAGCGCCAGCCUGGCGUGAAAAGAGCCUGCAACGAGUGCCGUCAGCAAAAGCUACGAUGCGAUGUUGUGCAAGACCCCUUCCAGAGUUGUUCCCGAUGUAACCGCCUCAAGCUCGAAUGCAAGAUUGAAUCAAAUUUCAAGCGAGUUGGUAAGAGAUCGAAGCACGCUGAGAUGGAGAAGGAGAUUGAUCGCCUGCGUCGCAACUUGGCUCGCGCAAAGUCGCAAGGCUUUACCCCAGAAGGCGCCGACGACGACAUGGACUCUCCCGCUGCAGCGAGCAAUCCGACAUAUACCCACACUCACACUCGAAAUCCUUCCCUAAUGGGCUCUGACGAAGCUGUGUCGUCCCUGCUACAUCUCAAGCGUGGCGGUAACUACAACAUGCCUCGAUAUUCGCAUGAGUUGGAGAACGUUCAAUUGACCGAAGAUGAUGUGAACAACCUGUUUAGCCAGUUCUUCCAAUUCUACCAUCCCAUGCUGCCAUUCCUCAAUCCUCGCCAGGCACCUGACCUCUUCUAUCAACAACAUCCGCUCCUUUUCUGGUCCAUCGUCUCGGUUGCCGCUCGACGCUUUAGUCCACCCAACGUCCCUGCACUGCUUAGCAACCUUUCAGGGCCCUUGACCCGAUUUCUUUGGUCAACGAUUGGGGAGGUUCCAAGCAAUUACUACAUUGUCAAAGCCAUGUGCCUGUUGUGCACCUGGCCACUACCCACGAGUACGACUUCGUCCGACCCUACACACAUUUUGUGUGGAGUCAUGAUGAAGACAGCUACUGGCAUCGGCCUCCAUCGGCCCAAUAACAUACAAGACUUCUCUAGAGUGUCUGUUGAGUUGAACAAGGAACAACUCAGCGACCGUGUGACCACAUGGGCGGUUUGCAAUAUUGUUGCGCAGUCCGUUGGAACCGGAUACGGACAGCCAGCAUCGACUCUCUACGACUGGACUCUGGCAUCAAAGCUGGGAGAAGAGAGCGCCUUCCAACUGUCCCGAGAGCUGGAAGCUCGAUUGCAGAUUGAGAGGUUUUGUGAUAAGGUCUCAAAGGAAAUGUAUAGCAAUGCUAGUGAUCCUCGCGGCGUUGCAGGCGACGAACACCGAGCAAUGCUGAUGCGUGUUUACCGUCGUGACUAUGCCGAGCUGCAUGCUUCCGUCUUGUCGCGAGAGCUGGGACCUUUCGUCAACCUACAUCUCAGGGCGGCGGCCCUUCACAUGCGCUUGGCAGGUUUCUUCGAUUCUAGUAAGACGCCGGGCUACAUGGAUGAUCUAAUGGGUCUUUGGCGGGCCACUACAAACUUCCUUGAUGAAGUGCUUCAAGCGGACAAAGACACGACUCCUGGUGAUGGAGGCGGGAAUCUGCUUUUGCACUGUAGUAAUUACAUUGGACAGAUGAUGGUUGCCGCAGGAUUUGCUCUCUUGAAGCUCAUGAGAUCUUUCUUUUCAAAGACAAUUGACUUCCAGCGUGGCCGGUCGCUAUUCCAUCAGACUAUCCGAGCCAUCCGCACCACCAGUGUCGUACACAACGACCUUCAGUGGCGAUUGGCUGAACUUAUGGUGCAGAUGUGGAAUGGCGCUCGACUCGACAACAACCAACACGUUUUUAACAGCAAUGAUGACUUACCGAUACAGAUGGACGACAGCUUGCAGCUCAAGGUUAGAUGUCGACACAGCAUGAGUUUGGUAUUCGACUCCGUCUGGAGGUGGAGGGAGGACUUCCAAGCAAUAGGGCGAGGUACCAUAGAUGCCGCCAAACAACCGACAAAUCCAGAUUCGGCUAAUGAGUCUUCAGCAUCAUCAACACACAUGGACAAUACUCUCGUAUCAUCGCACACGCUUCCGCCCUCAAGCCUCCUCAACACAAACACCAAUAAUAACAACAUACCCACCUCGAAUGGCGCUCUGACCCCCGGUGCUACAGGAAUUCCGGCCGUCUCCGCAGCUCAUAACAUGAUGGCGGGUGUUAGCUAUGGGGACACAACGAAUUUCGACUUCUUCGAUCCCCAGCACUGGAUGCUGGACGGCCUUCUUGACUUUAACUACUCAUUUGUGCCGGCACUGGAGGGCGCCUAG